UCCAUGGAGAACGACAAGAUGGAAGACUAUGAAGUAAUAGAGCAAAUUGGAAGAGGAGCAUUAAGUGCAUCUUUUCUCCUUCUCCACAGGACUGAGAAAAAGAGGUAUGUGCUGAAGAAGAUUCGGUUGGCCAAGCAAACGGACAAGUUCAAACCGACAGUGCACCAAGAGAUGGACCUGAUAGCGAAACUAAAUUACCCUUAUAUUGUGGAAUACAAAGAUGCAUGGGUGGAGAAGGAGGACUACAUAUACAUUAUAACUGGCUAUUGGGAAGGAGGUAACAUGGCUGAGAAUAUAAAGAAAGCUCGAGGAUCUUUUUUUUCUGAGGAGAAAGUCUGCAAAUGGAUGACUCAAUUGUUGCUAGCUGUGGACUACCUUCACUCUAAUCGUGUGCUCCACGGAGAUCUUAAGUGUUCCAACAUUUUUCUCACUAAGGACAAUAACAUUCGGCUAGGUGACUUUGGUCUUGCAAAGCUACUUAAUACUGAAGACCUUGCUUCCUCGGUUGUUGGAACUAGAAACUACAUGUGUCCUGAGAUCCUUGCUGCUACACCUUAUGGUUAUAAAUCUGAUAUAUGGUCGCUUGGUUGCUGCAUGUUUGAAAUUACUGCACAUCAACCGGCAUUUCGUGCUCCAGACAAGGCUGGACUUAUCAAUAAAAUAAAUAGAUCCUCCAUUUCUCCACUGCCAAUUGUUUACUCUUCCACACUGAAACAACUUAUUAAGAGCAUGCUUAGGAAAAGUCCAGAACAUAGACCAACAGCAGCUGAAUUGUUAAGGCAUCCUCAUUUGCAACCCUUUGUUCUCCGCUGUCAUAACGCAUCAUCUGUUUUUCUACCUGUGCAUCUCAUAAGUAGUCCCUCGAAGGAUAAAACAAAAAAGUCUAGUGGUGGCAAAGACCAUAGGGACAAAGAAGCGGGAUUAGUAAAUCAUUUGGAGAGGAUUUAUCCAAUUGAGGGAAAUGGAAAUGUAGGGACAAGCAACCAGCCUGAUGAUGGCAAGCUAGCAGUGUCAACCAAUGGAGAAGGCAACCUUGGGACUACAAUGGUUGAUCCUACCAGCUACACAGUGGAAUUUUCUACUAGUAUCAGUGGCUCAAAAGAUGGGUCAAUGACAUCUGAAUCAACUAUUUGCAGUGUAUGCAAGGAAGCAGACUUGAAAAGUAGAUCUGCAAGGGACACUGUUGACAGUGAGAUCACUUCAAAGAGUGUGCUAGAUUCUGUGCAUGAAGAACAAGGAUCUGCUGCUCAACAUUUUCAGAAGUCACAUGCAAUUGACGUAAAUUCAGUGAUUAAAAAAGUUGAAGAUAAAUUUCCCAAUGAAGGUUUUGAUAAAGCUGAAGCACAGAGGGAAGAUGCCAAACCUGAGGGCUCCAGUAAAUCAAUAAUGUCCAGUGAAGAGAGUAACGGAAAUGACAAAGAUGGGUCCAUUGAUGAUAUCACAUCAAAGGGUACACUUGAUUCUGUGCAUGAACUUGCUACUCAACAAUUUCAGAAGUCAUAUGCAAAUGACAUAAAUUCAUUGAUUAAAAAAAUUGAAGAUCUAAUUUCUAAUGAUGCUUUUGAUAAUGCUGAAGCACAGAGUGAAGGUGCCAAACCUGAGAACUCCAAUAAAUCAAUAAUGUCCAGUGAAGACAGCAACGGCAAUGAUAAAGAUGGAUCCAUUGAUGAGAUCACAUCAAAGAGUAUGCUAGAUUCUGUGUAUGAAGAGCAAGGAUUUUCUGCUCAACAUUCUCAGAAGUCAUAUGCAAUUGACAUGAAUUCAGUGAUUAAAAAGGCAGAAGAUAAAUUUUCUUAUGAAGGUUUUGAUAAAGCUGAAGCACAGAGGGAAGAUGUCAAACCUGAGAACUCCAUUAAAUCAAUAAUGUCCAGUGAAGACAGCAACAGCAAUGAUAAAGAUGGGUCCAUUGAUGAGAUCACAUCAAAGAGCACACUUGAUUAUCUGCAUGAACGAGGAUUUGCUGCUGAACAUUUUCAGAAGUCAGAUGCCAUUGGCAUAAAUGCAGUGACUACAAAAGUUGAACAUACUUUUUCAAAUGAAGGUUUUGAUAAAGCUGAAGCAGAUAGUAAAGAUGCCAAACCUGAGGACUCCAUUAAAUCAAUUAUGACCAGUGAAGACAGCAACGGCAAUGAUAAAGAUGAGUCCAUUGAUGAGAUCGCAUCAAAGAGUACACUUGAUUAUCUGCAUGAAGAACAAGGAUUUGCUGCUGAACAUUUUCAGAAGUCAGAUGCCAUUGACAUAAAUGCAGUGACUACAAAAGUCGAUGAUACUUUUUCAAAUGAAGGUUUUGAUAAACUUGAAGCAGAUAGGGAAGAUGCCAAACCUGAGGACUCCAUUAAAUCAAUAAUAUCCAGUGAAGCUAACAGCGGCAAUGAUAAAGAGGGGUCCAUUGAUGAGGAAAGGUCAUUACCAAUUAUGCAUCCUGUUAGGGUUGAACAUGACACUGAAACUGGAAGCUGCUUGAAGGAAAGUGAAUACCCUGAAGCAUUGACAGAAGAAGGCUUACUCAUUGACAACUUGACCUCUGAGAAUAAUGGUACACUUCCAGGUAAGGAUGAAGGCAGAUUAAACACAUGCAUCAUCAGGUGCGCCACGCAUAAAGAAGAUAAUGCUGUUUUGGUUGAUAAGACACCAAAUAGCAUUUCAAAUUGUGCAUGUAUUUCAAUUGGUGGUGACGAAACAAAGAGUGCGUUGGAUAAUCCCUGCCAGCAAAGAGCUCAUGCAAUGGAAUCUCUGCUUGAGUUAUGUGCAGAACUACUUAAACAAGGAAAGCUUGAAGAGCUUGCUGCUGUGCUAAGACCAUUUGGAGAAGAUGCAGUUUCUUCCAGAGAAACAGCAAUAUGGCUCACAAAAAGCCUCAUGUCCUCACAAAAAUUUAACCUGGAAACCUAGUUUAUGAUUAUACAUUAUUAUUGUAAGAAAAAAAUGUGUGUUUCCAAAUGUUACAUGAGUUUUUCCUUUGAGACUUUUGCUUGAUUGAAGUUUGGAGGCUGGAAAAUAACAUCAUACAAAUUCUU